AAGUUAGUUCGGAAAAGUCUUCCUCGGAAAAACUCCAGUGGAGGGGAUUGUCAAUGUGACAGCUAAUCAGAGGUUGGGAAAUUGUUAAUGGGUGUUUUCAAGACGGUCAAAUUGGGAAAAAAUCAACCUUAAAUCAUGUCUCAUCAAACAGGAAUACAUGCAAAUGAAGAAUUAAAGAAGUACUUUGCCAAAUCUAGAAACGCCAACGUUCGGGUUAUAAAAGUUUCGAUAAAGAACGAGGAGUUAACCCUUGAUGGGCACCACUCUGUGAAAAGUAAUUGGGAGAACGAUUAUGAUAAAUUCGUUUUGCCUCUAAUUGAAGAUGAUCAACCUUGCUAUAUUUUAUAUAGGUUUGAUUCCAAAGUUGAUAAGAACUAUGAAUGGCUUUUUAUUAGUUGGUCACCAGACACUGCCCCCAUUAGGCAAAAAAUGCUUUAUGCAUCAACAAAGGCUACUUUAAAGCAAGAAUUUGGUUCGGCACAAAUUAAGGAAGAUUUACACGGUACUGUCAAGAGUGAAAUAACAUUGGAGGGGUACCACAAGCAUAAUAAAAAUGCCAUUGCUCCUGCACCACUAACUUCGAGGGAAGAAGAAUUGCAGGAAUUGAAAAAGUCUGAAGUCCACACAGACUAUAGCGUCGAUAGUAAACAGCAAACAUUGGGCGGAGUGGCAUUUCCCUUAACAAAAUCUGCGAAAAAUGCUAUCGAGGAGUUGCUAAAUGGACAGCAUAAUUAUGUGCAAUUCAAAAUUGAUAUGGAUAAUGAGGAAAUAGAUGUAAGUUCUACAGACACUGUUUCUAUUGAAAAAUUGCCGUCAAAAGUUCCUGAGGAUAGUGCUCGCUAUCAUUUAUUCAAUUUUGAUCACUCCCACGAAGGGGAACGUUUAGUAUCAACAGUAUUUAUUUAUUCUAUGCCUGGAUAUAAUUGCCCAAUCAGAGAAAGAAUGUUAUAUUCUAGUUGUAAAAAUCCACUGAUCCAAACAAUAAGCAACAUAGGUCUAGAUAUAGUUAAAAAGAUCGAAAUAGAUUCUGGUGCCGAGCUUGCAGGAAACUUCCUAUAUGAUGAAAUUCAUCCUACUAAGAGCCAUCAUCUUCCCAAGUUUGCAAAACCGAAAGGGCCACCUAACCGCGGUCCCAGAAGGAUGACUAAACCGCAACAGUCUUGAACAAAUCCCAGUCAGCCGAAAGCAAAUCGUUUAGAAAUGUGUGUUUAUGAUCAAUUUUAUGUCCCGACUCGUCUGAUUUACUUUGAAUCGAAAAUUGUGUUGCCAGUUCACUAAAUCAAUGUUCGUUAUACUUGGGUUCUCAUAUAUAUAUAAAGCUUUUUGAUUUUUAAAUAUCUGAAGAAUUAUUUUUAUACAAUAUUUUGGAAAAAAUUGCUCAAAACAAAUAAAUCAGUAUUCAUUA